GCGAAAGGAAGAGGCGAGGAUUCCGAGCAGAAGAGAAGAGACGGUUGCUGCUGAUAAACAUGUUACGUCCGCGCGAAAGGAGAUCGUACGACGUGCGUCAAUCGAAAUCUCGAGCUGUCGUAGCUACCAAAUAAGUCCGCGCGCGCGGCACGAAGAUGGCCUCGUCGACGAGGAGAUCCUGGAAGCUCCAGGAAUUUGUUGCCCAUACACCAAAUGUCAAUUGCCUGGCAUUAGGCCACAAAUCUGGUCGUGUUUUAGUAACUGGUGGUGAUGAUAAGAAAGUAAACCUAUGGGCUGUUGGAAAGCAGAACUGUAUUAUGAGCCUGAGUGGCCAUACUACUCCCAUAGAAUGUGUUCGCUUUGGCCAGACGGAAGAUCUUGUAUGCGCUGGCUCACAGACAGGUGCAUUGAAGAUUUGGGACCUAGAACAUGCCAAAUUAGCACGCACAUUAACAGGACACAAAUCUGGAAUACGUUGCAUGGACUUCCAUCCUUAUGGGGAAUUGCUUGCUUCCGGGAGUUUGGAUACGGCAAUUAAAUUAUGGGAUAUUCGCAGAAAAGGCUGUAUCUUUACAUACAAGGGGCAUAAUAGGACUGUGAAUAGCUUAAAGUUCAGUCCUGAUGGACAAUGGAUUGCCAGUGCUGGAGAGGAAGGAAUGGUUAAACUGUGGGACCUAAAAGCUGGUAGACAACUGAGAGAAUUUUCAGAACAUAGAGGUCCAGCUUCAACCGUCGAGUUUCAUCCGCACGAAUUCCUAUUAGCCAGUGGCAGUGCCGACAGAACGGUACACUUCUGGGACUUGGAGUCAUUUCAACUUGUAUCUUCCACAGAACAGAGUUCUUCAGCUAUACGGUGCUUGUAUUUUAGUCAAGGUGGGGAAUGUCUGUUCGUUGGUAGUCAUGACGUUUUAAAGGUUUAUGGCUGGGAACCAGGCAGAACGUUGGAUACGAUACCCACUGGAUGGGGAAAAAUCCAAGACAUAGCCGUCGCUCAAAAUCAGUUGAUCGGCGCGAGUUUCCAUACCGCGAAUGUCAUUUUAUAUGUGUGCGACUUGAAGAAAAUCGCACCAUUGGGAGGAAUAUCCGCUGUCAGUUCGCCGUUUAGUCAUGGAAAUUCUCUGAGAAAGAGCUUCUCCAGGGAACGACCGAUCGGAUUGAAGAAACACACACUAGACGUACGAACGAUAGAAGAAGCGGACAAGUCCGGUACAGAUCCGGAAGAUGAAGCCACCUACGCGGAUAUACCUAACGUAACCGAGUACAGGGACAUUUUCCAGCCGAAUAGGGCGUUGUCUCGCACACCACCUCCCGAAUCCUCCGAGGCUUUCCAGGAGCCUCAUGAUAUAGAUCCGACACAACCACAGAUAUUACAAAAUCUCUCUACCUCAAUGUCGAACUUGAGCACAAUGGAACGCGAGGAAGUGCCGCCGAUGUCAUUGCCCUCCUCGCCACCUCCUCCGGCGCCUACGUUGUCCCUGAUGAAGCCGAUACCGGUACCGGUACGCGUUCAGCCAAUUAAGUCGUCGCCGCCAAUUCAGAGAAAUCCAAUCACAUCAACGAGUCAGAUUAGGGCGAAUCUACAGGCGAAUAAUGGCCUUAACCAACGAUCCUCCAAGAACUUCGCGUCCAUACCACCGUUGAGACAGAACAUCACACCGCUUCCGGGCAAGAGGAUAAGUACCACUGAUCAAACAGUGCCGACACCACCCUUAGGGCCGCAAAGAUCGAAUUCGACUCUGACGCCGCGCGUUGCGCCGAUGGCCGCGGUAAUUCCCGUGAUGGACGAUGGCAAACUGAAGAAUAGAGUACCUAGCCCAGAUUCUCCGAAGUAUUAUUUGAAAAGGCAGAAUAGCAGAGACGGAGAACAACAAGGAUACGAAAGCGAUUAUCCUGUACAAAUUAAUAAUAUAAGGCACAGUCCAUCCGAUCCCGCGCUGAAUAGGCCAAACACUGCGCAAUCGAGGUCGACGUCGCUCAAUCGAAACUUCGCUACCUCAACCGUGUUGUCGGCACGCAACGUCUCCACGACCACGUCGUUAUCCACAAGGAAGCCACCUAACAAGGCACAGAUUUCACCGAAUCCUAAAAUCGACAUUCGCGUCUCGCAGAUAAGAAACAAUGUCGAAGAAACGGACAAGGAGGAAUUAGUGCCGAUGAGCGCUGACAAGCCUUACGGUUUGGACGUGGAAAAUUUCCUACCGCACAGUUACACUGGUUCCACAUCAUUAGGUUAUUCUCAAAUAGGCGUGCUGACAGAAAUGUCGGAGGCCGAAGUGUUGAACAGCAUGAUGCGCAGCCAUGACUCGAUGAUGGCGGUACUUAAAAAUCGGCAUCGCUCAUUACAAAUUAUAUAUUCUUUUUGGCACAAUAAAGAUCUCAAGACCGCGGUGGAAACUGCGGUCGCAAUGAACGACUUGGCAAUCAUCGUGGAUCUCUUGGGCAUUCUCACAUUAAAACCAGCGAUGUGGAAUUUGGAUCUAUGCAAUUGUUUAUUGGGUCCCAUUAGCGAUCUCCUUCAAAGUAAAUACGAAAUGUACAUAACAGUAGCUUGCUCGGCGUUGAGACUUAUCCUUCGUAAUUUCGCACCGGUGAUAAAAUCCAACGUGGAAGCGCCCCUUCAUACGAUCGGCGUCGACGUGUCGCGAGAGGAACGGUACCACAAGUGUCUCUCUUGCUACGAGAAGCUAUCGGCGAUACGAGCGAUUCUGUUGAAGAAGCAAUCGACUGGCAAACUCGGCGCCUCGUUCCGCGAGCUGGCUGUACUCAUCAGGAACCUUGAGUGACCGAAGCUGCGUCGUCUGAGACCCUCGUGAAUUCGACCGCCAAUAUCGUCGUCGGUCAAUCAUCGUCGGUUUCAUGCUGAUGACGAGGGUUUGAUCGUCAUGACAGCGUGAAACAAACAUCGAGAAGCAGCAAUGAAACCCACUGUCACCUCGUAUCGAGGAAGACGCGUUUAUAAAAAUUUAUUCUUGUUGCUGCUAUUGCCGCUUUUUCCGCUGCCGUCGAUCGAUCGUCUCUUCUUCGUCAUUGUUAUUCUCGCGGCUGCACCAAUUUCCGAACAAAAUUGCGAGAUUCAUUCUUUACUCAUUCGAACGGCCGAACGAGUCGUGAAAUUUGUCGUUAUUGAUGGAAAAAAAGAGAGCGAGAGAGAAAGAGUAUCAGUGAAGGUAAGGAAAAAAGUUUGAUAAAAAACGAAGUUAGCUGAAAGGCGAUUGAAAGCGAAGAAAGACUGUCAUUAAAUGUGUUUAAUAUACUGAAGCACCAGGAGAGCCCAUCUUAUUUUACAAGUAUAUAAAUUU